GGGAGACGCAGGGAUGCAGUCACUAUGACACAGACACACUUGGCUGUACCGGACUGAGGGCCACAGAGAGCCGCGGGCAGCAGUGUUGUGCCCACUGUGACGUGAAGGGAGGCGAAUAGGUGGGCGGAGGAGAUCCCACCUGCCGGUCCUCCAUGGGGCACCGUCUCUUUUCAUCGUCACUCUCGGUGGAGGCGGGAGGGAAGCCAUAGCUGGGCCAAACACACCCAGCAUGGCCGGCACAGCAACGGACGGUGACACCGUGGACUGGGCACCGGGGCGGGAGCCUGGGCAGCUGCUAUGGGGGAAGACGCUGGAGCGGCUGAUGGGCACCCUGACCUGGCAGAGGCCCCUGUACACCCUGGCAGUAUUCAUCUGCUGCAACUUCCUCUUCUGGUACCUUGCUGUUACUCCAUGGAGAAUAUAUCAUUUGUUAUCGCUCAUUUUAAUUGGACUUGUUUUGGUUCAGAUUAUCAAACAUUUUUUAUUGUCGAGAAGUCGAGGUGCAAAGCUGUGGAGAGGUAUUGUCAAAAGGAAAGAAGCAGCACAGCAUAUGAAACCUACAGAUGAAGAAUGGAUGUGCGCAGCCAAGGGUCUUGAUCCAGGACCAGACUUUAGCAAAAGCAGAAAAAAGACACAGCAUUCCAGGUGGGAGGUGAUCAGUGCUAAUUCAGAAUGCAAACCUCGACUCAGCCAGUGCAUUGCAGAAUCCUGGUCAAGCUACACAGUAUUUCUACAUGAAUUGUCUCAUUUUAAACAGCAAAAUCCAGGCAAGUUUUGCCUCUUGGUCUGCAGUGUAUGCACAUUUUUCAUUCUAUUGGGAAGCUACAUUCCUGGAGUUGUCCUCUCCUAUUUCAUAUUGGUGUGUGCCUUCUUGUGUCCAUUAUUAAAAUGCAAUGAAAUUGGACAGAAAAUGUACAGCAAGCUGAAGCCAGUUCUGCAGAAACUGGAGCUUGGAUUGCAGUUAUUUGUGAGCCUGUUGAUGAAAGCCAAAUCCAAAAAAGAAGUAGAAACAAUUUCAGCAGCAGAUGACAGUGAAUUGGAGCUUUCCUCAUUGUGCCCUCAGAUCAAUGCAGAAACACUAGCUAAAGAACUAUCAGUUUCUGGAUCAGAACCCUCUGACUUAUCCUGGACAGAGAACGGAACAUUCAACCUCUCAGAAGGGUACACUCCACAGACCGAUACGUCAGAUGAUCUUGAUCGACCAAGUGAAGAGGAGGUAUUUUCCAGAGACCUCACUGAAUUCCCCUCUCCAGAGAAUGGAUCAGGAUCCAAUGAUGAAGACUCCAGUAUAGGCAUACCUUCAGCUGUAAAGAGAAAGCAUGAGAAAAGUCAUAAAUCCAGUGCUGAACAGCAUUCAGCAUCAGCACUGUCCAUUCUUUUGGGUACUGAGCAGCCAUAUAACCUGGUCACUGGUGCUGCUGGUGAGGCAAUCACGGCUGCCGUCACCGCAGCUAUCACUGACCAGUUACAGUCCGCCUUGCUCUGUGCACAACCUCCAGCUGCCGGCCUCGCUGAGGAUACUGACACAGAGGAAGUUGAUGACUUUGAACUUUUGGACCAGUCAGAGCUGGAGGAUAUAGACAAUGAGGUGGGACAUUCAUCGAGUCCAGACUCAGAGGGCAAGAAGCCAUCUUCAGGAUUUCUCUCCAGUCUACUUGGGAGUCAUUAACAUUUAACAAUUUUCACUCCUUAUAUGAUAGAUUGUGAGGGAAAACAACUGAAAACCUCACAGACAGAAUCAAAAGAGUACAAGAAAGUAAAAUAGAAAAGUAACAAGAUUAAGUAGGAAAAUUGUAAACGCUGUAGAUUUAAGUAUUGCUCCUCAUAGAAUGUGUUGUCACUUUAGCCCCAAAUGGACUAUUGCAAAAAACAUCAGCUGUUCCACAGGCCGUAUCCUUACUGCGUCUUGAUUUGUCGCAUGGAGUUGUGUAUGUAUACGUGGCAAGUAUGAGCCAUAGUCCUUUUAUGUUAAAGGGAAAGAAGCUACUGAUGGGGUAUUUUUAUCUUUUCACGUGUUUUACGGGGUUUACAAUCAGAAGACUUUACGUUCUUUUGAUCAGUGAAGUCCGUCUGACUAGAGAUAGUAAUAGUAGAAUGUUUCAAAGAUUAAAAACUCCAUUGUUGAUCAGUAUACAUAUAUGGAUUUUUCUGGUUACUUGCCAAUGCCAACUCUUCCUAAACAGCCAUAAAGAAUCAUAUGCAACUUUUAACAGUUGUGCCGAGGGACUUGGUUUGCUUAUCUUUGCACUCUAAUAAAUUAGAAAGGUCAUAAGACCCAUGGUAAGAAGACAUUUUAAAGUUAUUAUAUCUUUCCUUUGAAUUCUCAAACAGAAUAUAACAAAUCAUAGUCUGCUCACCUGGGCACAGUGCUUUUAACACAUUAAAUGACGCAUGGAAUCGCCCGUUCAAACAAAGUAAUAGUAGAGGCACAUGAUCAUUCAUCAACUAUACCAGAAUAUUUUAGUUAUUCUGAACUCUGUUUUGGUAGAUGUCUCUUGGAAUUUCUAAAAUAGUUUACAUGUGCUGUAUUUGCUGAAGAUUUUUUGCUAUUAAUUUGAUGCUGCAGAUUUUAUGCUGUGUUCAGCUAUUUAUAUUGAUUUACACAGUUUAAAAUCUACAGCAAAUACAAUACGUGUAAAAAAAAAACCUUAGAACAUAAAUGUUUCCCAUGAAACAAGCUUGUUGAGGAGUCAGUGAUCCUGGUGCCCUGUGUAUUAGAAGAGGUGAGCAUCGACAGGGAGGAUGGUAAUUACAUUAUAUUAUACUAUUCUCUUUGAAUUACUGAUCACAUAUGAAGCCAUGCUGGUACAACCAAAGUGCUUACAACGUGAACUAACAAACUUUUACUACCACAUUUACUAAGGUCCUGACCAAAAUGACCAGUAAUCAGUAUAACGUUUAUGUGAACAAAAUGAUUUAUUUCUGUUGGGGAAAUUUCAUCUGACCUGCUUAUAAAUCACAGCACAGGAUGACCGAGAAGAUCCUAUGCUGGAGAAGAAACACAAUGGUUUAUUUUGCUGUGAUGAUUUUAUAUAUUGCUUCCACCAGUGCACUAACAUACAGUUAGAAACAAAACUUGGCUUUUACAUUAUGUAGUAGAUUCAUAAUUAUCCUUCAAGAUAAAAGAUUUAGUUGACAAACUUUGGGAUUAUCACUGUAUAACAUGUGUUAAGCAAUUCUAUGUGUUGGUUGAUGUCAAUAUGUACAAGAGGCAGAUGACUGUGUUUAGUAUAUCAUGUGACCUGCAAAGCCUCCUGUCAAUCCGUUUUUUCCUGCCUCCUCAAUGUAAGUCUUGAUACGAAACUAAACAUGUCCUCAUGCUCUCUGUAAUUCCAUUGUUUCUAAGUUACCAAGUUAGGAGUAAGGUUGAGCACCAUUAAACAUUAUUAUUAGACAGCAUACUGCUUAUGGUACUGUUUAAUAUAGCCAUUAUGUUCAUGUGAACAGAGUCUAAUACGCCUAAUAAAUACAAAUUUCUGUAUGCCCACAUGCAUACAUGGAUUUGUGGUCAAGUGGCUUAGUCAUCAGCUUGCCUAGCACUUCUACUACAGGAUAGCUGCUCUGCUCAACUCCAUGCAGUGUGAGACAUCUGCACCCUUCAUUUAAUAGAGGACUAUAGGGCCCUAUUACAUGGGUGAUCAUUGGUCAAACAGGCUGACAUCUCCCUGUGUAAUAUUAGCAAAGGCCUGUUUGUUGACCGAGCGUGUAAUUUUGUCGUCAAACCCUUGAAGAAAUCAUUGCCCAUCAUCCCCUAUUACAUGGAGAGAUGUGUGGCCAUACAUCUCUGCAUGUAAUAGGGGAUGUACUGCCAACAAGUGGUAGCAAAGGGCCAUGCGAACAAUCUAGUGAUUGGUCUUGUGGCCCUUUUCUUCGCAAUGCUUGAGCUCUGUAAUGGAAUCUGUAAAUGAGAACCGAUCGAUGAGAUCAGCGCUCUUAACAACGAGCAUCAGGCCAUCUAAUAGGGCCCAAAGACUGUAGUUGAUUGUGAUCCAUUAUUACUGAAGGAGAAUUUACUGGGCUUUAUUAUUGCAGAAUUUCAGAUUUUGGUUGUCUUUAGGUAAAUUUCUGAAGUGCCGUACUGUCACUGCAAUCAACAAAGCUCAAUGUUGCUGUCAUAAACUCUGUGUUCCAUGUUAUUCUUGUCACUUGUUGCCCUCUACUGAGUAGAGUGAAAAUAUGUUCAGUAAUGAUGUGCCUUAGUCUACUUAUCACCCAGCACAGAACUUUGAAGGAUAGAUAUGGAAGAGCUAAAAAGAUAGUGCACAACCAUUCUGAAGCCAAAAGUAGCAGUCUUUUUUAGAAAAAUAACAAUUUCAGUACAAAGAAAGCAACAUCUCCUGUCAAGCUUAUUAAAAAUUCAUCUAGUUCACACAGGUCAAUAGCAGCAUCUGUGCUUUACCAUAUUUAUAUAUGUAGCAGACCCAUUAAAGUCAAUGGGUAGCAAAAUCAGCUGUAGAAAACAUGCAGCAAAGUACACGUGUAAUUGUACCCUAAGGGUAUGUUCACACAUGCAUAUAUUGCUGCAGAUUUUCUGAUGAUGAUGCCGCCUGCCCUCUGACCUCCUAGCUUAGUUCCUGACCAUGCUCCUGUGCUGCCUGUCCUGACCUCUUGCCUGUCCAGAUUAUGAGUUUGCCUCAUCCUACCUGUACCACGUAACACCUCAGCAGCCUGUGUGGACAAGUCGUAUUAGGGGGUAGCGACCUGGGUGCCGCCUGCCGCUGCAAGUCCAUCCUGCUUUGCGGCGGGCUCUGGUGAAAACCAGCGGUACCUUAGACUCUGCUCCCUUCGUGGCUCAACAGUCGCAACAGUUCGCUCAUCAGGCACAACAGCUGAAUCAGUUGUCUGCUAUGAUGCAACAGCUUCUUUUUGUUCAUUAGCAACAACAGCAGCAGCCGCCGCAACCUGUUCCAGAGGCUCCUUCACUCCCUGCAGUUUCUUCCAGAUCUAAGCUUCGUUUAUCCUUGCCUACGAAGUAUGAAGGAGAUCACAAGUUGUGUAGAGGUUUUGUGACCCAGUGCUCUAUGCAUUUGGAACUCAUGACAUAUCAGUUCCCGACGGAGCGUGCCAAAGUAGGUUUUGUGGUCAGCCUGCAGUCUGGAAAAGCCCUGGCCUGGGCUACUCCUCUUUGGGAUCGUAAUGAUCUGGUGUCUUCUAACAUGCAAGCCUUUCUUUCUGAAUUCCACAAUGUCUUUGAAGAACCUGCACGGGUUUCCUCUGCCGAGACUGCUUUACUGAACCUCCGACAAGGGGACUCUUCAGUUGUCGAUUUUGCGGUUCAAUUCCGCACCUAAGCUUCCGAAUUAGCCUGGAAUGAGGAGGCCUUGUGUGCUACAUUAAAAAAAAGGACUUUCUAGUAGAAUCAAGGAUGCUUUCGCUGCACGAGAUCCUCCGUCUACCCUAAGUGUACUAAUCCUUUUGGCCACUCGAACUGAUGUGCGUUUUGCCGAGAGGCAGGAAGAACUUCGUUUGGAGAGGGAACCUGUCCGUACACGGCGAUUUCCCCGUCUGGCACCCGUGUUCCAACGUCCUACUUUAUCGUCUCCAUUGCCUUCUGCUUAAAAGGCUAUGUAGGUGGAUCGAACUCAGCUAACACAGCAGGAAAGAAUCCGUCGACGCAGUGAGAAUUUAUGCCUUUAUUGUGCCAGUCCGGAGCACCUUCUCAAAGACUGUUCUUCACGUCCACAGUGUCCAGGAAAUGCUCGCACCUAGGGCAUGUAGGAGAGGCGUCCCUGGGUGUGAAUACUACCUCUCCUCGUUUGACCAUGCUGGUCCAAGCCUAUAGCUCUUCUAAGACAUCUUUCUUCACCUCAGCCUUUUUGGACUCAGGUUCCGCAGGAGAUUUUAUUGCUGCUUCCUUGGUCCAUAAACAUUGUCUCCUAGUGACUCGUCUUGCUAAGCCUUUGUAUAUCUCUUCUGUCAAUGUUGACCACCUUAAUUGUACAGUGCUUUUCCGCACUGAACCUCUCAUCAUGCAAGUAGGCAUCUUACAUAAGGAGAGGAUUGAGUUCUACGUUCUUCCUCAGUGUACUCCGGAGAUUCUUCUUGGUCUUACUUGCCGUCAACGUCACACUCCGCGGCUUGACUGGAAAUCUGGUGAGCUCACUCGUUGGGGACCUUUUUGCCAAAACUACUGUCUUGAGUCUACCCAGCCUAAGACGGCCUCUUCACCUCCUUCUAUGCCGAGCCUGCCUCCUCCUUAUCAGGAUUAUUCAGAUGUGUUCUGCGAAAAGCAGGCAGAGUCUCUUCCACCACAUCGUUCUUAUGACUGUCCUAUUGAUCUACAGCCUGGGACUAUGCCCCCCCCCCCCCCCCCCCCCGGGGAAGAAUUUAUCCUUUGUCAGUCCCAGAAACACAAGCUAUGGCUAAAUAUAUCCAGGAGAACCUUGAAAAAAAGGGUUUAAUCCGAAAGUCCUCCUCCCUUGCCGGUGCUGGAUUCUUCUUUGUCGAGAAGGAUGGUUCUCUCCAUCCUUAAAUAGAUUACCAGGGAUUAAACAAAAUCACAAUCAAGAAUCACUAUCCUCUACCUUUGAUCUCUGAACUCUUUGUCUACGGGGUGCCAAGAUUUUUUCCAAAUUGGAUUUGUGGGGAGCAUACAAUCUCAUUCGAAUACGUGAAAGAGACAAAUGGAAGACGGCCUUUAAUACCCAUGAUGUACACUUUGAGUAUCUCGUGAUGCCUUUUGGCCUUUCUAACGCUCCUGUAGUCUUCCAGGAAUUUGUUAAUGACAUCUUCUGCAAUUUACUUUAUACAUGUGUAGUGGUGUAUCUUGAUGAUAUUCAGAUUUUCGCAUCCAAUUUGGAGAAGCAUCGCUCUCAUGUCCGACACGUUCUUCAGUGCCUCAGGGAUAAUUUUCUCAAUGCCAAGCUCGAGAAAUGCCUAUUCGAUAGAUCAAGUCUUCAAUUUCUUGGUUACAUUGUCUCCAACCAAGGUUUGCAGAUGGACCCUGAAAAGUUGUCUGCAGUUUUGGACUGGCCUCGACCUUCUGGCCUUCGAGCUAUACAAUGCUUUUUGGGCUUUGCCAAUUAUUAUAGUCACUUCCUUCCACAUUUUUCUUCCUUAGUCGCCCCGAUUGUGUCUCUCACGAAAAAGAACUGUAAUCCCAAGUCUUGGUCUCCUGAAGCCGAAGAGGCCUUCUCUCAUUUAAAAUCUGCAUUUGCAUCGGCUCUUGUCCUCUCAAGACCUGAUCCUGAGAAACCCUUCUUUUUGGAGAUAGAUGCUUCAGCCGUAGGAGCUGGAGCUGUCUUGAUUCAAAAAACGUCCAAGGGCAAAACUAUUACCUGUGUUUUUUUCUCCAAGACUUUUUUGCCUGCAAAAAGGAACUACACUAUCUGAGAUCGGGAACUCCUCGCUAUUAAGAUUGCCUUAGAAGAGUGGCGACAUCUAUUGGAGGGUUCUUGUCAUCCAGUCAGCAUCUAUACGGAUCAUAAGAAUCUCAUAUCUUCAGUCUGCUCAGCGCCUCAGCAGGCUAGAUGGUCUAUUUUCUUUUCCAGAUUUAACUUCUUUAUUAAUUUCCGUCCGGCGGAUAAGAAUGUCCGAGCUGAUGCCCUCUCUAGGUCCUCCGAUGUGGUUGGGCUGGAUUCCACUCCACGGCAUAUUGUACCACCUGAGCAUUUGAUUUCUGCUGCUCCAGUUGACCUCCAGCAGGUUCCACCUGGGAGAUCUUUCGUGCCACCUCAACUGAGGUGUAAAGUUUUGAACUGGGGACAUUCUACUUUACUGGCUGAACAUUCAGGAGUACAGAAGUCCUUCCAGUUAAUCUCUUGGCAGAUUUUGUCUGUUCCUGUGUUAUCUGUGCUCGUGACAAUACUCCACGGCAGAGACCUGCAGGACUCCUACAGCCUUUGCCUAUUCCGGAAACUCCCUGGUCUCACAUUGCUAUAGACUUUAUCACCGAUCUGCCACCUUCCUGUAACAAUACGGUCAUCUGGGUAGUUGUUGAUCAGUUCUCUAAGAUGGCUAAUUUCAUUCCCUUACCUGGUCUCCAAUCUGCUCCUCAGCUGGUGAAACACUUUCUUCAACAUAUCAAUCGCUUACAUGGCCUCCCUACUCACAUCGUUUCGGAUCGAGGUGUGCAUUUUGUUUCCAAGUUUUGGCGGGCCUCUGUUCACGUCUAAAAAUCAAGCUGGACUUUUCCUCUGCUUAUCAUCACCAGACCAACGGCCAGGUAGAAAGAGUAAAUCAAAUCCUGGGAAAUUAUCUUUGUCAUUUUGUCUCAGCCCGACAGGACGAUUGGGUCGAUCUCUUACCCUGGGCAGAGUUCUCCUACAACCAGGACUGAGUCCACGAAGACGUCUCCAUUCUUUGUAGUCUAUGGUCAUCUUCCUAAUCCUCCUCUACCUCUUCUGGUGUGCCAGCUGUUGAUGAACAAGUUUGAGAUUUCAUGUUCAUCUGGCAGGGGACCCAGCGUUCUUUGCUUCAUGCCUCCUCCUGUAUGAAAUCUCAGGCGGAUAAGAAGAGAAGGCCUCCUCCGACUUUCUCUCCUGGCAACAAGGUCUGGCUCUAGUCUACAUACAUCUGUUUCAGGGUUCACAGUUACAAAUUGGGCCCUCGAUUCCUGGGACCAUUGUCCAGAGGAAAGGUCCUGGGAGCCGGAGGAGAAUAUCUUGGACCACAACCUGGUCCAAAACUUUUUAAGGCCCAAAAAGAGGGGGAGACCUAAGGGGGGGUACUGUCACAAGUAGCGCUGCAGCCAGACAUGCUGGCUGCAAGCGUGCUCCGGUCCCGUCCUCUCGUGCUGCUCCUGCUGCCGUUCGCAUCGCGGGACGCGCCCGCAUGCGAACGCCGGGCUCUCACUCCUCUCCGCAUCUCUGUCCCCUCCACUGUUCCCUGCUGUCGGCACGUGCGCCACCACCUCCUAGGGCACGUGCGCAAGCUUCCUCAGAUGUAAAAGGGACAGCGCACCAUUGAUUGGUGCUUGUCUGGUCCUGUGUCUAUUUAACCCCACACUUCCUUUUUGAUGUUUGAUUUCAAUUGCGCCUUUCCAUUUAGAACACAUGAAUGUUGGGCCAUGUCAAAUGUUCAUGUGUGUGGUGAGAUAGUGGGAGAUUUGGCUGACAGCUCUUAAGGGUAUAUGACCACCUUUAAAGUUAUGCUUCACCUUAUAGGUAGGCUACUAUAUUACUUUUGUGAUGUCAGUUAUAACAGCAUGCUUCUGCAUUGUCUUCAGUAUAAAGAGGUGACAAUCUAGUACUUAGUAUAUAUGGUCAGCACUGUAUACUAGCAGAUGAGGCCAUGUAGUUGUCCAGUAGAUCUAGAAGAGAAUGCUGAUGUUCUCUACUGAUAAAAUAGAUUUCUGCUUGACUUAUAGAAACUUGUUUAUCCUAAAGAACAAAAAGUUUAAGGUUACCUUUUACAGAAAUAAUCUAAAUACAUGAUAUAAUAGAACUACAUAGUAACAUAGUUUGUAAGGUUGAAAAAAGACAAGAGUCCAUCAAGUUUAAAGGGGUACUCCAGUGAAAACCUUUUUUCUUUUAAAUCAACUGGCUCCGGAAAGUUAAACAGAUUUGUAAAUUAC